AUGUUGACGCCCUACUCAGGACUCCUUCGAGUCCUGCCUUUACUUCUACUCGCCCUCACCGUCACAGUGUCCUCCGAACAUACCUCCAACUGGGCCGUCCUCGUCUCAACCUCCCGUUUCUGGUUCAACUACCGUCAUCUCGCCAAUGUCCUCUCCUUGUAUCGCACCGUCAAGCGGUUGGGCAUCCCCGACUCGCAGAUCAUCCUGAUGCUCCCCGAUGACAUGGCCUGUAACCCUCGCAAUGCCUUCCCCGGAACCGUUUACAGUAACGCGGAUCGCGCCGUUGAUCUUUACGGCGACAACAUUGAGGUCGACUAUCGGGGGUACGAGGUCACCGUGGAGAACUUCAUCCGCCUUCUGACGGAUCGCCUGGACGAAGAUGUACCACGCAGCAAGCGACUUGGCUCCGACGCGGGCAGUAAUGUUUUGGUCUACAUGACUGGUCACGGCGGCGACCAGUUCCUGAAGUUCCAGGACUCCGAGGAAAUCGGAGCCUGGGACCUGGCGGACGCCUUCGGUCAGAUGUGGGAAAAGAAGCGCUACCAUGAGCUCCUGUUCAUGAUUGAUACCUGCCAGGCCAACACUAUGUAUACGCAUUUCUACUCGCCGAACAUCAUCGCCACCGGAUCCAGUGAGCUUGACCAAUCUUCCUACUCCCACCAUGCGGACAACGAUGUCGGGGUUGCGGUGAUCGAUCGCUGGACAUACUAUGUGUUGGAGUUUUUGGAGACACAGGUGACGAGUGCCAACUCGAAGCUCACGCUGGGCGACUUGUUCGACUCGUACGAUGAGUCCAAGAUCCAUUCCCAGCCGGGCGUCAGAUGGGACCUGUUCCCUGGCGGCGAGCAGGAGGGACGGCUUCGCACCGUGGCAGAUUUCUUUGGGAAUGUGCAGAACGUCGAAGUUGAGAAUGUUAAUGCGACCGAGCCAGGCUCGUUGCAGGAGGAUUUGAUUGAGAUUGCCCGACUCGUGAACAAAUGGCGCGCCCGCGACCAGGACUAUCUCGCCCGGCAGAACGAGUCCUUGGUGUCAAAGGAUGCCAGUGCGCAUAAGGAACCUUCCCCGCAUUACACGGUCAGGACCAAGGUUGGGCCGGCGAAGAUGUCAGAGGAAUCUACGUGGCAGAAGCGGUUGGUCGGGGUUUCCGUCGUGGGCGCGUGUGCUGCUGUCUGGCUUACGGGAUCGAUCUUGGGCGGGACCUCGGCUUGA